AUGCUGCUAGCUGGAAUCCUGGAGGCCCUUGCAGGAAACGCUGGCAAGGCAAGACCAAAAGCACCAUAUAAGAGGAGACGUGAGCAGGAAGUACUUACUCCCGCACAGGAAAAUUCUCGUUUAAGGGAGAAAAAGCCGCAAACACGAUAUAUGUGCACUCCAGCGACGCGGCGCCUUCAUAGCGAGCAGCCCGCGAUUUUCGGAGGGCCUCCCUCGAAAGCCCACGCGGCUGCUCCCGUUUAUUCCCCUAGAACUUCGAAACAAGAACAAUCGAAGAACAAAACAAUGCCUGUUAGAGAGUGUAGGCAUGCCAGAAAUAGCGGGUUUACAUACACACUUCGCGCUGAAGGGGGCCUACAGCAUCCACGUCAGAGAAACCCGCGCACUGCAGCCGAAGUGUUUCACCCGAUUGGAAGGGGGGGCCCCUGGGGGCCCCCCCGCGCCUUCUUCUUACAGCAGAUUCGCCAGACCAACAGUCCCAGCCACUCUAUUCGGCGGCAGCUGCCUUUUCGCUCGGCAAUAGCCUUCACGUGCUCUGCAGCCUCUCCACGAACGCCCCUGCCAGCGGCGGAAGCUGCACCACAGCGGGAAGCAUCGCAGUGUAGCGAGGCAGCACCACUACGCAACAUUGCCAUCGUGGCUCAUGUCGACCAUGGGAAAACAACGCUUGUUGACGCGCUGCUGGCCUUCGCGGCAGAGCAGCAGCAAGGGCAGCAACAGCACAGGAAGCCCACUAUGGAGAGGCAGCUUGACAGGGAGGACCUCGAGCGCGAAAGAGGAAUUACCAUCAGAGCCAAAGUGGCGUCGCUCACUCUCCCUCUUGACGCCUCCAACCGCAGCAACACUAUUGGAAGAAUCAAUAUCAUCGAUACACCGGGUCAUGCAGACUUUGGAGGCGAAGUGGAGCGCGUCAUGCACCUCGCAGACGGCAUCCUUCUGGUUGUAGACGCAAACGAGGGUCCCAAGCCGCAGACGCGUGUGGUCUUGCAGAAGGCACUUCAGGCAGGACUGCGAGCUGUCGUGGCUAUCAACAAGGUGGACAGGUCGACGGCUAAGCCGGAGGAGGUGGCGUCGCGCGUAUUCGACUUAUUCCUGCAGCUCAACGCCUCGGACGACCAAGCGGACUUUGAGGUUGUCUACACGUCAGCGCUGCAACGUCGGAGUGGCGACUCUCCGGGAGCUCUAAGGCCUUCCAUGGAACCCCUCGUCUCUGCUCUUUUCCGCCUCAGUCCGCGUGCCUCACUUCCAGCAGACAACGCGGCUGUGGCGAAAGAAGCAUCAGGCUCAGCAAGCAGCCUGCAGUUUCAGGUAGCACACGUUGAAGAAGACGCCUUUAGGGGUCGCUUGGCCCUCGGAAAACUCCAGGGGGGUGCCCUCCUCCCGGGAACACCCCUUGGCAUCAUCCGAGCGACAGCUCCCGAAGAGCCACCCAAAAAGGUGGUGUCAGUGCCUGGACUGCUGCGGCAAGCUCGUGCAAAGAAAGUGCACGACGCGUGGUGGUGUUCUGUUGCCGCUGUUGCGAGUAUUGCAGCAACAUUCACUGCGGUAUAUCGUUACGAGGGGCUGGAGUUGACGCCUGUCGACCCUGCCCUGCUGCAACGACAACAGCAGCAGCAGCAGAAAGGGGCACCUGGUCCCCUUGACGGGGAUCUGCUGAUUGUGGGAGGCCUCUCGCAGGAGGUUCGGGUGGGCGACUCCCUUGUUGACCUUGCGAACCCGCGUCCUCUAUCCGCCAUCAAGGCCGAAUCCCCUACAGUGUCUGUCUUGCUAUUGCCGAACGGCUCUCCCCUCGCAGGGAAAGACAGCGGUGCCCCCACGACCAUCCUGGGUCUUAGAGACAGGCUCAGGACGCUUAUCCGCAACGACGUCUCAGCAAGGGUCUCAGUCGGCCCCGGAGGCCUCUGCCUGAGCGGCAGAGGCCCCCUGCACCUUGCAGUUCUCAUCGAGAGCCUUAGGCGACAGGGCCUCGAGCUGGCAGUUGCAGCUCCAGACGUUCUUCCCAAGUGGGAUGGCACACAAUGGCUGGAGCCCUAUGAGGAUUUUGAACUGACUGUCGCCGCGGACGGCCUAGGGCCUGCCCUAAGGGAAAUUCAGAAUCGGAAUCGACGGCUUGGGAGUAGCGUCUCGCUUUCCUGGCCGGCUGCCGCAUCCCCUGCAUGUUCAACUGGCCUGUGGUGUCUGCUGCGCAUCUCCAGGCGAGGAACAGUGACUGAGGUCGCGACUGGAGAGUCUUCCUCGUCCAGCAGCAGCGACAGCACCGGUAGCAGCACGCUGUUCUUCCGUGUAGCCACUCGCUUCUCCUUUGGCCUGAAGGCUGCCCUAAUGGAGGCCUCGAAGGGAACAGCGCUGCUGCAUUCGUCCCCCGCGGGCUUUCUGCCUCUCGUUGAAGGGGCCCCCGUUCCGCGAGCGGCUAGGGGCCCUCCUCCUGCGGCUGCUGCAGCAGCGGGAGGAAGCGAGAAAGGCGCUCUAGAUGAGGACGAUGAAAUGGAGAUCCUGCUGCAGCAGCAGCAACAACAGCAGCGCCUGCCCAAGGAGGGCGAGAAGCAACAGGGGCCUGGCCGCAACGUAAUUGCCGUGAAGAGACAUGUGGAGGGAGGAGACAGCCAAGAGAGACACCGCGGCUUCCUGGUGGCAGUAGAGGCCGGCAAUGCAACCGUCAAAGGCAUCUUGCAUGCACAGGAACGCGGGCAGGUAUUUGUGUCUCCUGGAGAUGAGGUCUAUGCCGGCAUGCUUGUUGGUCUACAUAAACGGCCCAAUGACCUCCCUGUGAACAUUUGCAAAGCGAAGAAGCUGACAAACAUGCGGGCAGCUACUAAGGGCAUUUCUGAGGGCAUUGCACCGCCUAUCAAGAUUAAUUUGGAUAGCGCGCUCGACCUCAUUGGACCCGGAGAGGUUGUCGAGGUGACUCCGAAAAACAUUCGUCUUGCACUCCGAUCCGCCAUCCGCGCGUAG